UGAGCCUUGGCGCAGGCGGGUUGGUGUGGGGGUCGGUGUGUGGCGGCGCGGCUCACAGCGCCCGGGCGGGCAGGGCAGGCGGUGCCGCACCCUGUGCGGAGCCUCUGCCGGCUCCUCCUCUGAGCGCCGGGGUGGGCAGUGCCUCCCGGCCUCGGGAACCGGUCCCGACCCUAGGAAGCGCCGUGAGGAGCUCGAUGAGGCGCCAUGCUCGGGAGAAGGCCCAAGAAGAGCCCGCAGGCGAAGGGCCGGGGAGCGGCGGUCGCGAAGCAGCUGGGGCUGUUUGUCGACUUUGAUCCUGAAGAGAUGAUGCUGGGUGCAGAGGAUGGUGAGGAUGAUGGGGACCUAGAAGCAGAGCUUGCUGCUAUCACAGGAGCAAGAGUGAAAGAAGGGAAAUCAAAACCAAAAGGGAAAACUCCUCUGCCCAUGGAUCAUAUUGAAAAGAUGGCUGCAGAAUGCAUGAAGGACCUGAAUGAAGAUGAGGAAGAAGAAGCAGAUGAUGAAGACUUAGAGAAAGAUACAGAUCUGUUGGCAGAAUUGCAAGAAGUUCUGGGCGUGGAAGGUGAGACAGGAAGCUGUGAGGAUGAAACGAUAGCAAUGGAUCCAUCUACAGCUGAAGCAGACAACGAGCAACCUGAACUGCAACCACAGACCACCUCACUUCCUGCUGUUACCAGUGAGCUGCAACAGACAAUAGAGAAGAGAAUUGCUAACUACAGGACAGCAAUUUCUAACGCAAAGGAGUUGGGUGAAAGUGCCAAAAUACGCCGAUACGAAAGAGGCCUUAAGACACUGGAAACCAUGCUGGCUGCAGUGAAGAAAGGCAAAAAAAUCAGUGAGGAAGAAAUGCCACCUCCUGUUGCAACAGGAAAGAGUUCUCACUUAUCUGAAGGUACAGGCAUGGAGUUAGAGGAUUCUGUCAGUGUCCUACCAGAGAAUAAAGCUGAGUCUGCUGCAGAUGAUGAGCAGAAAUCUUCUCAUGAAGCAGUGCGGCAUCUGGAAUCAGAAUCUCUACAGAACAAUGCUGCUUCUUGUCCUACUGUGGAAACAGGUCUCCAGAAGAGCAGCACACGAGCAAUACUACUUAUGAGGCAGAGGGAGUAUAAAUUAGCAGCUCUAAAAGCCAAGCAGCAAGGGGACCUGGAGAAAGCAAAGGAAUACAUGAAGACAGGCAAGAAAUUUAAUGUGGUCUUGGAAGCUUUGGAUAGUGGGCAGCCAAUAGAUCUCCAGAAUAUGCCUCCAUCUCCUCAGGAUCUUGAAAGCCCAGGAGACAUACAAGAUGGAUCCAAGCAAAAGGUACCAGCUCCAGUGGGAAGUCCCCAGGAUCUUAAAACACCUGAACCUCACACUCAAGAAGCUUCAGCUUCCCUGCAGCAGCCAAAGACAGUGCUGGAAGCAUUGCAGCAAAGGCUUGAGAAGUACAAGUUGGCAGCAGCACAGGCUAAGUCGAGUGGGGAUGAUCGGAAAGGCAGGAUGCACGAGAGGAUAGCCAAGCAAUACCAGGAUGCCAUAAGAGCCCAUAAAGCAGGAAGAAAAGUGAAUUUUUCUGAGCUACCUGUUCCUCCUGGAUUUCCCCCUCUUCCUGGUGUUGCAGCAGUGGAUGGUGACAGCACAAUAGCUGCUGUUCUGGAAAGUGCCAGCAAGCUGGCAAACAUGGAGGAGAAUGAUGAAGAGGAGGAGAGUGAACCUCUGACACAGGCCCCAGUUGCCAAGAAGCCUGCUGAGCUGCCCGGAAAGCCGACUCAAGUUGUUAAGCCAAUUACAAUACCAUCUGCCAUAGCUGAGGAGGAGAGCUCUCCUGAGCAUGCAAAACGAGCUACAUCACCCUCUACCCUGGACAAGGCAGAGUCAAUGGAUCGUCUCCCUCCGGCGGCUAAGGAACAACUGGAAUUUCUGGAGAACAGAAAGAAGCAAUACGUAAAGGCAGCCAUCAAAGCAAAGAAGGCAAAUAAUCUCGAACAGGCUAAGAUGUAUCUCAGAACAGCUAAGAGCUUUGACCUAAAGAUUGAGCAAGCAAAAUGUGGCAAACCUGUUGAUAUUUCCAAGCUGCCAUCACCCCCAACAGAUGAUGAGGGUGAUUUUAUCUUCAUACACCAUGAAGAUGUCAGACUGUCUCAGAAAGCAGAUGAAGUGUAUGCACAGCUCAUAAAGUUGCUGAAGGACCAACAUGAGAGGUGUUUGCAGUAUUCCAAGCAAUUCAUGCAUCUGGGAAAUGUAGCAGAAACGACUCGGUUUGAGAAGCUGGCUCAAGGUUGUAAAAAGGACAUGGACAUCCUACAGCUUGCACGAGCACAAGGAAUGGAUCCUCCAAGCCAUCACUUUGAAGAAAGAACAUUCAAAAUGAUAAGGAUAUUUUCUGAGCUCAACAGCACAGAAAUGCACCUUCUUAUUGUCAGGGGGAUAAACCUACCGGCUCCGCCAGGUGUAUCACCGAGAGAUUUGGAUGCAUUUGUGAAGUUUGAAUUUCAGUACCCGAGUGCGGAGCAACCUCAAAAGAGUAAAACAUCUGUAAUUAACAAUACCAAUUCUCCAGAAUAUAACCAGUUGUUUAAAUUGAACAUCAACCGGAAUCACAGAGGUUUCCGACGAGCAAUUCGGUCCAAAGGAAUUAAAUUUGAAGUAUUUCAUAAAGGGUCCUUUUUCAGAAGUGACAAGCACGUGGGGACAGCACACUUGAAACUGGAAAAGCUGGAAUCAGAAUGUGAAGUUAGAGAGAUCAUCGAGAUUUUUGAUGGCAGAAAGCCCACUGGAGGGAAACUGGAGGUGAAAGUGAGACUCAGGGAACCCCUCAGUGAUCAAGAUCUUCAAACGGUUACGGAGAACUGGCUGGUCCUUGAACACUAGUUCUGUCUGAGGUACAGAUCCAUCGAACGUCAGAUGAACGGAUGUAGAAAGAUGCUGCUAGCUGCAAGCACCAAAGAUGUUAAAUGAAUGCACUACUGAACUAACUAUUUUGGUAACAGCCAUAGUGCUUAUUAAUAACUUCAAGGCAAACCUAAGGCUCUGGAAAUUUGCUGCUGCAGGGAUUGUUGCUGUCUACAUAGAACAGACAGAAUCGCCUUAACGUGGGACUGCUAACGCAGCACCGGGAUGAAUGUUACAUUAACUAUGCAGAGGGGUGCGGGGCAAGUUCAGCCCCUUAAAAAUUGCCCGAGGCGGCGCAAAAUCCUUUCACUCGAGUCACAGGUAAGACCUUUGCUAAAACUCAUUUCCUCAAGCGUACGAGCAGCCAGCGUGGUGCAGUGAAGAGUCUGCUACUGCUUUUUCUGUUCUCUCUUACCAAGGCCUGUUUGGGGUGGUUUUAGUUUCCUAAAAUAGAGCGGAGGGAACCCAGGCAGCAGCCUAGUGGCAGCGCGUCCCUCCUCUGCGCAUGCCAGUGCAGCGAGCACCAAGUUAAAUGGAUGCUGCUUUUCAGAGGGAAGAACGCAGGACUACUUAGCAGCAGGAGUUUACAGCUCUGCAUCGUUUUGCUGGCCGCCGUGCUUGCUGCUGUGUUCAGCGCAGCCCGGCACUGUGCCUUCAGCCUUUCUGCUUUGUUUUGUUUUUUAAUUUAAAAAAGGAGGGGAAAAAAGUGCGCUGGCCCCUGCUGCUUCCCACAUGUUCCUUGUACUUUUACAAAAAUAGGCUUUUACAGGUUCUUUCAGGUGAUGGGGAAAACAGCCACUCUUUGUCACGUCAAAAAAAGGAUUACAGCUAUUGUCAGGAAUGCUUUUGAUCAGCAGCGUACAAAACGCAGUACCAGUUCUGUUUGUGUUUAAUACCUCUGUGAGCGAAUGGCAAGGACUGAUCUCGGGGGAGAGGGGGUCCCUGCACUGGGGAGUCGGAGCGCGCCUGCGCCGGCAGUUUAGGUGGGACAAGGUUGUAGACAGAAGAGUCCAGACAAGUAAGGCAGCGCUGCCUCUGUCUUCC